CAUCACAGAACGGCGAACCGCGUUGCCGAGCACACACGAGUCCACGAGCACCCAGAACCCAGAGUCCAGAGUGUGGAAGCCCAGACCCAGAACCUAACGUUUCCCUAGGAGCACAGCAGGCCACAGCCAAUAAAACUGCACAAAUAAAACAACAAUUGAAGAAGAACAACAACCAGCAAAAUGUCGAUCUCCGAUUUCCGCAAAAAGAAGCUAAUGUUCCUGUUCAACGUGUUCUUUGAUGUGAACCAAAGCGGGGAAAUCGACGUUAAGGACUUCGAACUGGCCAUCGAGCGCGUUUGCAAGCUGCGCGGCUGGGCUAAGGACACGCCAAAGAACAAGGAGACCUACGAUUUGAUGAUGGAAAUUUGGACUGGACUGCGAUCGAAGGCGGACAAGGAUAACGAUGGACAGGUCAGCGUGGACGAGUGGUGCAACAUGUGGGACGCCUAUGCCAAGGAUCCGAGCAGCGUGAUGGGCUGGCAGAAUGCGUACAUGAACUUCAUGUUCGAUCUGGAGGAUGCCUCGCAUGAUGGCGGCAUCGAUGUCACCGAAUUCACGCUGGUCUGCUCCAGCUACGGUCUGGAGAAGAACGAGUGCGAGGAGGCCUUCAGCAAGAUGGCCCAGGGCCAGACCGACGUCACUCGCGAGCAGUUUGCCGCCUUGUGGAAGGAGUACUUUGCCGCCGAGGACGUCAAUGCGCCCGGCAACUUUAUCUUUGGCAAGACCACAUUUUAGGCCACUUUCUAAGACCGGAGACCGAGACCUCAGCCCCCCCACUGGUCAUGGCCACCAACUGAUGAACGCAACAAGUGAAAUUAUAAUGAAAACAGAAAUAGCAAAAGAAGAUAUUUAAUAUAUGUAAACGUUAAUUGAUUGAUAAUGGUGCGGGCAGCAGGAAGACAAUUUCCAAUUCGACUUCGAUCGAUCGUCGUUGCUGUUGUUACUCGUACGCAUAGUUGAGUGUUGUUUUCUCUCUCCAAAGUAUCUCAAGUUUUGCCCAAAUAAAUUGUUCUAAUUUAGUAGAGAGUAAA